GCUGUGAGACACUUUAUGCAGUUAGAAUAAAAAGGAGCUAGCCCUUUAAUUUGUUAAUCUCUUCCCGUUUGUGUCAUGUGAUCUUCUCUUGCUCCCAUGGGCAACAUCUCAAUACUCAAACCUAUUCUACUCGUCUUCUUACUCUUCCUUCUCCCUCAUAUUUCAAUCGGUAAUUCUACUCCUAGUUACAUUCCCGUUGAUAAUAUUGUCCUCAACUGCGGCUCUGCUGGCAACACAACGGAUAUGGAUAAGCGCAUGUGGAUUGGAGACAUGGAUCGCUCCAAAUUCGCUCCCAUAGAAGAACAUAACCAGAAAUCUGCUACCUCUGAAGCCCAAAGCCCAGACUCAUCUCUCGAAACUGUCCCCUACAUGACUGCCCGUUUAUCAUAUUCACAAUUCACCUAUGUAUUUCCUGUCACCUCCGGUCCUAAAUUUGUUCGUUUGUACUUUUACGCAGAUUCAUACUCUGGUUAUGAUGGAUCUCUGGCCUUUUUUACAGUCGAAGCAAACAGUAAGUUCACCUUACUUAGAAACUUCAGUGCUUCCAUUCUUGCUAAUUACUUGGGGGGCUCAAAACGUCUUUCUAAGGAGUUCUGCAUCAACGUUGAAGAGGACCAAAAAUUGAAUUUAACAUUCAUUCCAACGCCAAGUACUGCUUCUAGCAGAUUCUUUGCUUUUAUUAAUGGAAUUGAGAUCGUCUCCAUGCCAACGUACCUCUACUAUAGCAGUCCAGAAAAUCCAAGCCCACCUUACGUUGGCCAAAAUGUUCCGUUCUCUAUAGACAACAGCAGGGCACUCGAGAUGAUUCUUCGACUAAAUAUGGGCGGGGACUGGAUAUCGCCGAAGAACGACACUGGCAUGUUUAGAAAAUGGUCCCAAGGCAGCCCAUACUUGUUGAUUAAUGCCACGAACCCCCGUGAGCCAAAUUUGAUGCUCAAAUACUCAGCAAUACCAAAUUACACUGCCCCCGAUGACGUUUAUCGGUCUGCAAUCACGAUGGGUCCAAGCAUAACUUGGAACUUGCAUUCUAAUUUGACAUGGGGUUUACCCGUAGAUCCGGGGUUCAAUUAUCUGGUCCGGCUUCAUUUCUGCGAAAUCGAGCCAACUAUAACGAUGGCCGGCGAAAGGCCAUUCAUUAUCUAUAUAGACAACAAGACAGCUGAAGGUACCGCUGACGUAAUUAUGUGGAGCGGAGGAAGGGAUACGCCUGUGUAUCAGGACUAUGUAGUGAUGAUCCAAAAGACGGGAGUUGAUCAGGAUAAGAGUACACUCUUUAUUGCUCUACACCCUGGAAAAGCUACCAAUGCAAUCUACGAUGCCAUUUUAAAUGGGGUAGAAGUGUUCAAACUGAGCGACAACAAUAACAACCUCGCCGGACCCAAUCAUGCCGGUACUUUGCUGCCCUCUCCACCUUCGGCUCAACAACCUGCUUCGACAUCCAACUCAAGGAAAACAAGAUUCAUUGCCAUUGGAACCGGUGUAGGCUUAUUCUUGGCCUUGCUCACUCUAGCGUGUUGCGUGGUUGUUUGGAAACUGAGGACAUCUAAACGUUAUAGUUCUUACUAUCCAGCAUCGAAGUGCUGGUUCUGGUCUGACCGAAACAAAGGAAAGUCAACGAGGACAAAAGCCUCAUCACUGCCCGACGAGCUAUGCCGCCAAUUCUCACUUGAAGAAAUCAAAACAGCAACCCACGACUUUGAUGAAGGAUUAGUUAUUGGCGUCGGUGGCUUUGGGAAGGUAUACAAGGGUUUCGUUGACGAUGGUCCCAUGACUGUGGCGAUCAAGCGUUUGAACCCAGAGUCAAAGCAAGGGGCCAAAGAGUUUUGGAAGGAGAUUGAGAUGCUCUCCCAGCUUCGCCAUGUCCACCUCGUCUCUCUCAUUGGAUACUGCAACGACGAGAGGGAGAUGAUCCUUGUCUACGACUACAUGUCCAAUGGGACACUACGGGAACACCUCUACGACACGGACAAGGAUUCCCUCCCAUGGAUACAAAGGCUCGAAAUUUGCAUCGGAGCGGCACGUGGUCUGAACUACCUGCAUACGGGAGUGAAGCACCCCAUCAUCCACCGUGACGUGAAGUCCACCAACAUUUUAUUGGACGAGAAUUGUGUGGCCAAGGUUUCUGAUUUCGGGUUGUCCAAAGAAGGUCAAGAUGACAAGGCGGUUAGUACCAUGGUAAAGGGCACGUUCGGGUAUUUGGAUCCGGAUUACGCCAGGCGUCGACAACUGACGGAAAAAUCAGACGUGUACUCGUUUGGCGUGGUGCUCUUUGAGGUAUUAUGUGCCCGAAAAGCACUGAAUCCAAAACUGGAGGAGGAGCAAUGGAAUUUGGCCAACUGGGCUCGGAAAUGCAUUGACAAGGGGACCCUGGGUGAGAUCAUAGAUCCGAAUCUGACGGGUAAGAUAGCUCCGGAGUGUUUCAAGGUGUACGCGGAUAUCGCAGAGAGUUGCGUGCGUGAUCAGGGGAGCCAACGGCCCACCAUGAACGAUGUUAUGGAUAAACUUACCUUUGCAUUGGAACGGCAGAAGGAAGCAGACGCCGUGAAGGAGAAAGUCAAUCCCGAUGGCAAGGAAACAUAUACAGAGGUAUUAUCAUUCCAUGUUUCCGAUACCACUGAAACUCGGCGAUCCAAUAACAUUUUCAGCGGGCAUAUGUCGGAAUCGGAUAGUGGAACCUGGUUGACUACAAAUAAUACAGGGAUGACCUACCCAAGUCUUGAUUCUGAUACUGUUAGGUGUGAAGAUGUGUUUACGGACACCAGCAACGUCUCCAAAGCUUGAAGUGGUCUUUUUCAAUGUUUUCCUAGCGUACGUGUGGGGUAGUACUUGUUAUAUAAAGAUGAGACAAGCCGAUAAGGUUGGAAAAGUGAAUAAUAAAGAAAGAUUGAGAAGGAAGAAUGGAUAUGCAUGCGCGUCUGAACCAAGUCGUUUGCUAUCAUGAAUAGUUUUGCUUUCUGGGUCCAUGUUCAAUUAUGUAUGGAACUUUAGUGUGUGAAAUUAUUAAUCUUGUUGUCAUAUAAUCAUGUUAAGGCAGGAGUAAAUGUACGUACAAGGGUACUGCCUGAAACUUCUAUGUAGUAUAGUAAUUGGUAGGCUAACCCUAGUUAUAACUUAUAUAUUGGGUCGUUUGAGACAAAAACA